GUUUUCCCCCUCUCACUCACUCAACUUCACUCCAUUCCACUCCGAACCAAAAACAAACAACUCAUCUUCCCAAAUUCAAAUCACACACUCUUUUCUCUCUGUCUCUGAGAUUAGAGUUAGGGUUUGUGUUUAGUUCGAUCAUGGCUUCGUCUUCCUCCGAUCCAGGAAAGUCCGCGGAGACGUCGGAGGCGGCGGUGGUGGUGGCGAACGACCAGCUCUUGCUCUACAGAGGAUUGAAGAAGGCCAAGAAGGAGAGAGGUUGCACGGCCAAAGAGCGCAUCAGCAAAAUGCCUCCGUGCGCCGCCGGCAAACGCAGUUCCAUAUACCGCGGCGUCACGAGGCACAGGUGGACUGGUCGUUAUGAAGCGCAUCUUUGGGAUAAGAGUACGUGGAACCAAAAUCAGAAUAAGAAGGGAAAGCAAGUUUACUUGGGGGCGUAUGAUGACGAGGAAGCAGCGGCUAGAGCAUAUGAUCUUGCUGCUCUCAAAUAUUGGGGUCCUGGGACUCUCAUUAACUUUCCUGUGACGGAUUAUACAAGAGAUCUUGAAGAAAUGCAGAAUGUGUCAAGAGAAGAGUACCUUGCAUCUUUACGGCGGAAGAGCAGUGGUUUUUCAAGAGGACUAGCAAAAUAUCGUGGACUCUCCAGUCGAUGGGAUCCAUCGUAUGGCCGUAUGUCUGGAUCUGAUUACUUCAAUAGCAUGCAUUAUGGUGCAGGGGAUGAUUCUGCAGCAGAAAGUGAAUAUGUAAGUGGUUUCUGCAUAGAAAGAAAGAUUGAUUUAACAAGUCACAUCAAAUGGUGGGGAUCUAAUAAGAGUAGACAUUCUGAUGCUGGGACAAGAUUAUCAGAAGAAAAGAAACUUGGUUCUGCUGGAGAUAUUUGCAUUGAAAUUAAGCAAUUGGAGCAGAAAGUUCAACCUACAGCACCUUACCAGAUGCCACAGUUAGGAAGGCCCCAAAAUGAGAAAAAGCAUAGAAGUUCUUCAGUUUCUGCCUUAAGUAUCUUGUCACAAUCUGCUGCUUACAAGAGCUUGCAAGAGAAAGCGUCGAAGACACUGGAAAAUAUCAUAGAUAAUGAUGAGAAUGAAAACAAAAAUACAAUCAACAAGUUGGAUCAUGGCAAGGCAGUUGAGAAACCAUCAAAUCAUGACGGAGGCAAUGACCGGCUUGACAUUGCAACGGGAAUGAGUGGAACAAUGUCUCUUCAAAGAAAUGUUUACCCAUUGACACCAUUCUUGUCUGCACCACUUUUAACAGCCUACAAUACUGUUGAUCCAUUGGUAGAUCCUGUUCUCUGGACAUCUCUUGUUCCCAUGCUUCCUGCUGGCCUUUCUCAUACAGCUGAGGUUACAAAGACAGAGACCAGUUCAACGUACACGAUGUUUCGGCCAGAGGAAUGAAUGGUUGGGCAUUUGGAUUUCCAAUUGAAGAAGAAAGGCUCAAAGGCAAGCAUCUGAAAGCUGAGCUUGUAUCGAACAAAGAACAGAAUAUAGGUCUGAAGUGCUCAACCAGGUCUAAGAAUUCUCCCAUGGCUUUUUUUUGCAAGAUUACAUGGGUUAUAGAGGUCAGAGAAAAGAAAAAUAUUACAAUGGUUUUACAUCGAUGAUAAAUAUAGAAUUAGCACGAAUCUUGUCCUUUUAUGUUGGAUAUGUAUCAGUUAACAUCUCUAUCAUGUAUAUCAGUAUAUGCAGUCAGAGAUAAAUUUUAGUAAUAAAAAGUAAAGAGUUAGAUAAAUUUUGAAUU